AUGGGCCGUCAACAAAUCCGUCUAGAGAUGCUCCACCCUAAGCGUUGGUGCCCUUCAAAUAAUUCAUUCCCGGAGAAGCGAUCCACCGACAGUAUGAUUGUGGCUAGAAUUCAAGCGACUCCUAGGUGUUUAAAAUUCACGUGUUGUCCAAAUUUAUUCAUAACCGAAAAAAAAACUAAAAAUAGUUACAUAAGUUGUCUUUACUCAGUAAAACAAACCAUUUACACAAAUUGGAGAUGUGGCACUAAUUUCACUUUGCAAGCCUUUCCUUAUAGUACAUCACCUAUGUUAGGUUAUUUGGUCCAGAAUCGUUGUCCUCCCGAUUCACCUUUAGUUAAUGUACUGCAAGCAUUUCCUCUUUCCAGUGAGGAAAAAAGCAAAGAAUAA